AUGCUAGCACAACAGCAGGAAGUGGAGGCGGACGUUCGCAAAGACGACCAACUGCGUAUCAAUGAGUUUGGCCGUAAUAAUGCGGCGUUGCACGAGAUCCGUGAGCAGAAGAAAGCACUAAAGGACAAACUCGAUACUCUGGAUGAUGCCAACACGGAUCUCAUGAUGGGCGAGGGCGACAAUGUUCGGCUCUUUAUCGGGGAAAGCUUUGUAGAGGCAUCAGAAGAGUCUGCACAAGUAUACCUUGAGAAGCGCAUGGAGGUAGCCAACAAUGAGUUUAAGAAGCUACAAAGCAAGGAAUCAAAACUUGAGGCGCGACAGGCGGUAUUAAAGAAAAUGCUGUACAGCCGUUUCGGGCAAAGCAUCAAUCUUGAGGACAGCUAA